AUGACCCUGGGCAGCUGCUGCUGCGAGAUCAUGUCCUCCGAGAGCUCCCCGGCCGCGCUGUCCGAGCCCGACGCAGACAUAGACGUGGUGGGCGGCGGCAGCGGUGGGGGGGAGCUCACAGCCCGCUCCGGGCCCCGCGCCCCCCGGGACGUGCUCCCGCACGGCCACGAGCCUCCCCUGGAGGAAGCCGAGGCGGACGUAGCCGAGGACGAAGAGGAGUCGGGAGGUUGUUCUGACUGCGAGCCCCGCGCUCUAGCGCCCCGGGGGGCGGCGGCCGCAGCGGGAAGCCCGGGGCCCGGUGUGCAGGCAGCUCGGGGCGCAGCGGGGCCAGGGCCGGGACCGGGACCGCCGUCGGGGGGCGCGGCAUCGCGGAGCCCGUUAGUGAAACCACCGUAUUCGUACAUCGCGCUCAUCACCAUGGCCAUCCUGCAGAGUCCCAAGAAACGCCUGACGCUGAGCGAGAUCUGCGAGUUCAUCAGCGGCCGCUUCCCCUACUACCGAGAGAAGUUCCCUGCUUGGCAGAACAGCAUCCGCCACAACCUCUCCCUCAACGACUGCUUCGUUAAGAUCCCCCGCGAGCCAGGCAACCCGGGCAAGGGCAACUACUGGACGCUCGACCCGGAGUCGGCCGACAUGUUCGACAACGGCAGCUUCCUGAGGCGCCGCAAGCGCUUCAAGCGGCAGCCGCUGCCGCUGCCGCCGCCGCAUCCACACCCGCAUCCUCACACGGAGCUGCUACUGCGUGGCGGGGCUGCCGCAGCCGGGGACCCUGGCGCCUUCCUCCCGGGUUUCGCCGCUUAUGGCGCCUACGGCUACGGCUACGGGCUGGCACUCCCAGCCUACGGCGCACCCCCACCGGGGCCGGCCCCACACCCGCAUCCACACCCGCACGCCUUCGCCUUUGCUGCCACCGCGCCUUGCCAGCUGUCAGUUCCCCCGGGCCGCGCCGCUGCGCCUCCACCCGGACCUCCGACGGCCUCGGUGUUCGCCGGCGCGGCCUCGGCGCCGGCCCCUGCUCCUGCCCCGGGAUCUGGCCCAGGCCACCACGCAGGGCUGCCAGCCUUCCUAGGCGCAGAGCUGGGCUGCGCCAAGGCUUUCUACCCCGCGUCCCUGAGUCCUCCCGCAGCUGGUACAGCAGCCAGCCUGUCCACUGCACUCCUGCGCCAGGGCCUCAAGACGGACGCCAGCGGUGGUGCGGGUGGCGGGGGUGCAGGGGCAGGCCAGAGGCCUUCCUUCUCUAUAGACCACAUCAUGGGCCACGGUGGUGGCGGUGCCGCACCACCGGGCAGCGGUGACGGCUCCCCGGGAUCGCCAUUCGCGGCAGCCGCGGGUCCUGGGGGUCAAGCCCAAGUCUUGGCCAUGCUGACUGCCCCGGCCCUGGCUCCGGUGGCGGGCCAUAUCCGCCUCUCGCACCCGGGGGAUGCGCUCCUGUCUUCAGGGCCCUCGUUUGCCAGCAAAGUCGCUGGCCUCAGUGGCUGCCACUUUUGA